CGCCCCGCCCCGCCUCCCCUCCCCUCCCGGGCACGCCGAGAGCCGGGCCCCCGCCGCGACUCGCCGCCCGCCGCGCUGACCCCGCGCAUCGCAGCCGCGGGCAGGGGGUCACCGGGAGGCCGGGGCGCCGCGGCAGCAGCCCCGCUUAAAUACCUCCGCGCCGCCCGCCCCAGCCGCACACCGCGCCGGGCCCGGGGGCCGACAGGACACCGCGCCGCCGCCGCCGCCGGGGAGCAGCGCGCCCGCGCAGCGCCGCGAAGCAGCAGGGAGAGAGCCGGGGACGCGCCGCGGCCGCCCCAUGCCUGCGCACGUGCUGCAGGAGGAGGAGUUCUCCUCUGCUCCCACCACUACCACUGUCAGCACCCUCACCUCUCGGGUGACCAGGAAUGGGGAUGCCGUCAUGGAGAAGAACUCACUCAAUCAUGAGGACUUGGCAGGAGACCGGGGCAUGAUGGAUGAUAUCUUUGAUGAGACCUACCGUGAGAAGGAGGGCCCCAAACCACCCCUGCGAUAUGUCUGGAGGAAUAUCAUCCUCAUGAGCCUGCUGCAUUUGGGGGGCAUAUUCGCGUUGGUGCUGAUACCUUAUGCAAAGAUCCUGACCUUGGCAUGGGCUGUUCUGUGUUUCAUGGUGGCUGCUCUGAGCAUAACGGCUGGAGCUCACCGCCUCUGGAGCCAUCGGUCCUACAAAGCCACGCUGCCCCUGCGGAUCGUCUUGACCAUUGCAAACUCCAUGGCCUUCCAGAACGACAUCUACGAGUGGGUCCGAGACCACCGUGUCCACCACAAGUUCUCUGAGACAGAUGCAGACCCUCACAACGCCAUGCGGGGCUUUUUCUUCUCCCACAUCGGCUGGCUGCUGGUGCGCAAGCACCCAGAUGUCAUAGAGAAGGGCCAGAAACUCGACCUGAGCGACAUCAAGGCUGACAAAGUGGUGAUGUUCCAACGGAGGUACUACAAGCCCUCGGUGGUGCUGAUGUGCUUCGUGUUGCCUACUGUAGUGCCCUGGUACUUCUGGGAGGAAUCCCUCAUCAUCAGCUUCUUCAUUUCAGCCAUCCUGCGCUACGUCCUAGGGCUCAAUGCCACCUGGUUAGUGAACAGCGCUGCUCACAUGUUUGGCAACCGGCCAUAUGAUCAGUACAUCAACCCACGAGAGAACCCCCUGGUCAGCCUGGGGGCCCUAGGAGAAGGCUUCCACAACUACCACCACACCUUCCCCUACGACUAUUCCACCAGUGAGUUUGGCUGGCGCUUCAACUUGACAACAGCCUUCAUUGACUUCAUGUGCUUCCUGGGGCUGGCCAGCGAUCGCAAGAAGGUCUCCAAGGAAGUCAUCCUGGCUCGGAAAAUGCGGACUGGAGAUGGAAGUCACAAGAGUGGCUGAGUUCCUGCUCCCCUCCACACACACAUCCACACCUCUCCUUCCUCCUUUUUUCUCCCUUUCCUGACCCCUCCGAACACGCUGGACAGAGAUUUAAUGUUCUGUUUACUAACUACUGAAUAAUGCUACCGGUUUGCUUAAGAUAAUGAUAAUGAGUUUUAAUCCCCGCCCACACUGUAUUUUAUGUGAUGUAUUUAAAACCUAGAACUCUGCCUUUAUAGCUCAAGGCCACCCCUUUCCCUCCUCUGUUUUUCCUUCUUGUUAUUCUUUUCUCUUUCUCUCUAGCCCCUCUAUUCCUUCUUUCUCUUUACUUUUGUCCCUGUCUCUCCUUGGCAGAGGAGCUGGUAGAAAGUAGCGUAGGGUAUCCCCACUGCAGCCGGCUAAAUAAUACGGAGUUAAGGGAAGUCUGUACCUGCCAGCUGAAGAGUUGAGCCAAAGUCAGUGAUUCUCUUCCUCUCACCGACCUCCAGAAACUCCCCCCUCUCCUUCCUCUGUCCCUCCUUCUUUCUCAAGGGCUGCUGACACUUGGCAUCACUAAACUGCUUUCUCUGGGAAAAGCAGCCCUGUCCCCGCUUCUUGCCCUCAGAGAGAGAGAGAGCAUGAAGUUGUCUCUCCCCCUUGCACCUCACAGCAGUGGCCUCUCUGGCUCACGCAGGUGAGGCCAGGCCAGGGGAAGCUGGGGAGAUGAGAGCCCUGAAAGCCUCUGGAGGGCUCCAGGCAGGUCUGUCAGUUGGCCACGGGGUACGGUGGCAGCUGACAGCACUGGAGGCAGGAAGCCUCCGUGGCCUUAUUACCUCCUCGGUCUGGUGUCACACCUUCCCUCCCAUCGCCAGCCUGCUGCGCCUUGGGGCUACGGCUGCCUGCGGAGACCGGAUGCAGCACCGGGCGCCGGACUCCACGUGCCGCUUUGGAAAGCUGCGGAGAGAAGGGCCGCACCAGGAGAUGGAGGGCUGUGCCACCCAAUGCCGCGGGACUGGACUGGCCUGGGGUGGUUUUGUUCAGAAGCCGUCAAGAUUUUGCCAGCAAACGAGACUUUGCCAAAAUGGAGAGAAGGAGAAGGAUGUAAACCAAAGCUCCACCAUUGUGUUAAGCUGCUUGAUGUGCUGGAAGAAGAGGGUUCCCACUGGGCAGCAAGCGGAUGUCCUUGGGUCCAGGUGUGUCCUAUGGACUCCCUGGUACCGAACACGGAGCAUGGAGGGGCAGCUGGUGCCGCCUCCGAGUGUCCAGGGUAGUGAGGGACAGCCUAGAAACACAGCAAGCAGGUGAGGAGGGUAUCUCAGAGGGCUGAAGGAGCUGGUCUCUCUUUCCACACGGGCUCCACUCUGUUGAUUAACAAGUGCCUGCCAAAAACCGACACGGAGCCAGGUGGCACUGAGAGUUUGAGGGAAUCGAGGCCUCCUGGGCAAAAUGCCGGUCCCAGCGUGUGCCACCUCGUAGUGAGAUGAGGCCAGACCAAGAGAGGAGUUGGGAAUGAGUUGUUUUCCUGCCUGUGGUCUACCGAGGUGGUUGGCAAUCAGCUUUCUCUGCUCCUCUGAAAGGCUCCGGAGAGAGCGUGGGAGUGGGGAGAGGGAGGGAGAGAGCAGCUCCUUGUCAGGCCCUUAACUUGCCUCCGUGGGUUGGUGCCCGAGGCCAUCCUCAGCAGUCCUGGAGCGGGGGCAGUGCGUGCUGGCCCCCACGCAGCUCGCAGCACAGCGGAGAGCCACCCGGCAAGGGGCGGCCGCUGCCUCGCUUCCUAGCCUGGUGAGCACACCGCUCCCCCGUGACAGCACGUGGCGAGGGCGGCUGAGUUUGCUUAAAGGUCAGUUACAUCCCCCAGGGCCCCGGGACAUUGCGAGCACGCAGUUGAAGGGUGUGUUGGAUAAAAAAAAUCAUUGUGGGCGUUCUUUCCUGCAAGCUGCAGAGACCAUAGCUUUAGUACAGGCCAUGGGUUAGGUUUUGGGUGUAGCGGUCUCCAGCCCUUCACCAGGCUGAACACGCUUCCCCCCCCCCCCCAUUAUUUUUAUUUUUAUUAUUAUUAUUAUUAGUUGUAGCAAUAGUAUAAUUUUUUGUUGCUUAAAUGCAUCAAAUGGAGCUGGAGGAAAGCACAAGAGGUGGCCAAGGGUGGCUGGAAAGAUUUGAUGUUGGAGUGGGGCUUGUAGCGUCUCCCUUAUCCAGGCAGGUCAAGGAAGGCAGAGGCAGAGCAGAUGCCAACUUCCUCACCUCGGCUGUGCCACGUCGCAUCCAGGCAAGCUUUGCAGGAGCGAGUCUCCGCAGCUCUGCUUUCUCCUGCUGCUGGGAAAUGCCCCAGGAUCCAGGACAGCUCUGUGAUACUCUCCUUGAGAAGGAGAACAUGCUUGUUGCUCAGAAAAGAAGUCCUUCUCUUUGCCUUUGCCCUCCCUGCCACUUCCAUGGCCUUGUUACUGUUCAUCAAUGGGACCCUGCUCGUUGGUGAGGCAGUCAGGAUCGAUGUGGUCGCUGGCUGAGAGAUACAACAGGGAGGAAGGGAGCCCUUCAGCUCCUGGUGUCCUAAGCAUAGGCGGCGGCAGCUGGAGGCAGCACCCUCACCGCCUUAAGGCUCAUGGCUGUCCUGGGGCAGUGUGGUGCAAAGAGGGAUGCAGCUAGAAUUGUAUUCCUCCAUUUAAAAAACAUCACACACACAAAAAGGAACGCUACUAGUCUGAAAUGUGGGCUGACUUUACCUUAGUCUAAACCCCUCUGAAAUCAUGGAAGUCUCCAGAGAGGAUGAAUUUGCUCCAUCCAGGAAUUUGAAAGGCAGGUGGGGAGGGGAGAAAGUGAAGCGAACGAUUUCCCUGCUCCUGGUGCCCUUAAUGUGUUGUGUGACAUACCCUAUGGCAGAGAAGCGUGCCAUGACAUGCUGCAAUAUUUCACAUCCUCUCAGCAGAGAAGCAGGGUUUGACAUCAAGGGUUCCCUUCAAAUUUCAAGUGCUUAUUUGGGUCAAGAGAUCUGGAACUAGGGUGGAAGCUGAGGAGCAGUAACCAAACAGUCCUGGUGUUUGUCCAGUCACUUUAAAGGUAGAUUGGAAAAUAUCUCUGGGUGCCUUAAAUUUUUCUUUAAUAUACAUAGGAGUAUUGACAGCUAUUUGCCAUAUUUUUUUCGGUUUUGCUGAAUUAUGAACAUUUGAGGGGUUUCUUAAUUAUUUAAUUGCCUACAUUGAACUGUGGGUGCAGGUGAUUUUGAAUGUACUUGAGUUAGAAUUUUUGUUAGAUUAAGAAACAGAUACAACACUUUAAGUAGAACUUUGUUUGCUCUAUAUAUAUAUAUAUAUAUCUACCUAUAAAUAUAUAUAUAUAUUUUUGGUGGCAUGUUUGUAUCCUGGACGCGUCUUCUGUAUGUUUAGCUUAAAUGAGUCUGUGAGAGGUAGAAGAAGAAAAUGCAGCAGUGGGCCCCAGUGGCUAAAGCAGUGAUUCUCCUGGGCUCUGCUCCCAGCUUAGCUGCUUGCUCACUGCAUAACGUUAGGCAAAGUCACUUAAAAACGCUCUGUGCCUCAGUCUCCCUGUCUGUAAAACGGGGUUACACCCUGCCACUCGGGGUGUGGCGAGGCCCAGCGCGGACUUGCACGGAGAGCAGGAGGAGGGAGGCAUACCACACGCACACCGGUGCUGACGGAAGCGUUCACUGGUUUGUUUUCCAAGACCGUUCCCAGCCCCGACGAUAUUGUGAAAAGCAGAUGUCCAAGUGUUGGGUGUUUGGGGAAUGGUUGGAAAGUUGAAUCUGCACAUUGUCUAAGCUCUGUCGCUGUUGAAAUGUGAGUAGGAUACAAUUUUCACAGCUUAGGGAUUUCUGCAUAGUAGUAUCUCUGUUUUGUGUACUGGAAAAGAAAAAAACGACCUUUUUGAAAUAAUUUCUACUAAUACGGAAACAGAUGUCUGGUUGUGCUGAUCUGAAAUUUUAUUUGUUCAUAAUAAAAAUGUUACUUUAAAACUC